UCUUUCAAUACUGGUAAUGAAUUGUUGAAGAAUUUGAAUAGAUUUGCAGAACAGAAAACUAAUUGGAUUGUUAAAUCAUUAAUUGUUAUUACCAAAAAUUUAAUUACAUAUGCAAUUAAAGCUGAUGAAUAUAUUGAAAAAAAUCCAACAGUAUAUUUAUCAAGAAAAAAUCUAGGAGAUUUUGAACAUGAAAGUUGUUUAAUCAAAGCUGCUAGAACUAUUCAUAAUUCUUUUAAAUUAUGUUUAAAUGAUAGAAAUGAAGAAAUUUAUCAAUCGAGAAGAAAUAGUGUUUAUUUUUUCGUUGGACAAGAAUUGAAAAUUUAUUUUAAUUUACAAAAUAGAGAUUUAGCUAAAAAUAUGGAAAAAGUUUUAAUUUCCAAGCAACAAGAUUUACCAGAUUUAUCAUCAAUUGAUAAAUCUCAAGCAAUAACUUAUCUUUAUUAUAGUGGUGCAAUUGCAUGUGGUGAAGGGGAUUUUAAAACUGCAUACUUGAAAUUUAAAUAUGCAUUCCAAUUAUGUUCCAAGAAUGAUUUAAAACAUAAAGAAUCAAUAUUAAUUUAUUUGAUUCCAUUAAAAUUUUUAAUAACCAAGAAGUAUCCAAAUUUAAUUAAAUUAAGAUUAUUUAGAAAAAACUAUGAAAUUUAUCAACCAAUUUUAUCAAGUUUAUUAAUUGGAGAUUUGAAAAAUUUUGAUAAAAAUUUCAAUCAAUUUGAGAAAUUCUUCCUCAAGAAAAAUCUUUAUCUUGUUUUAGAAAAAUUAAGAACUUUUGUUGUUUUAAAAUUGAUUAAAAAAAUUUAUAGAUUAGAAGGUUCCUCAUCACAUUUGAAAAUCCCAAUAAUUGCAAGAGGUUUAGAAUUUUCAAUAAAUCAUAUAAAUAAUGAAAAUUUAACAAGAAAGAAAAAUGCAAUCUCUAUAUUCAGUACUGAUGAAGCUGAAUGCAUAUUGGCUAAUUUGAUUUACAGUGGGUAUAUGAAAGGUUAUUUAUCACAUACUAAUGGGAUAUUGGUGUUGAGUAAAAAAGAUCCAUUCCCGAAA